AUCCCAACUUCCGGUGAAAGGGGAGAAGAUUUACUCUAAGCAGGCCCGUCGUUCACUAACCUGUGGGUUGUCGAACCGGGUCUUGGAGUAAUAAUCAUGGCUUUGUGAUAGCAAAAAAUCGCCCAAUCAACACCUUUAAAGUAAACAGAAGCUUUUCGCAUCGGACUUUGUUCUUUGCUGUGAGCUACACCGCCAGAGCCACAGGUUUGAGUGUUACUCCGCGACGGUAAGAGCUAGCCAGCUAGCUUCCAGAGCAGCCAACCGAGAACUUCUAUAUUAGAUUCUGGUGUCUGUUUCAACAUGUCAACUGCCGGGUUCAACUCUCAGAAUGGGACCGGGACGGGACAGACCUACGCGAACGGUCCAUCACAGAAUCCAGUCACUCUGCAGCAGCCGCCAGGGGUCGGCUAUGGCAUGAACCACCAACCAGCCUACAAUCCAAUGCAGGCCAAAGCUCCGGCACCCCCUGGCCCCGGUCUUUACCCCUCUGGGCCGUUUCAGCCCGUUCCCCCUGUUGGCUCCUAUCAGCCAAGCCCAGAACUUAGUUCCUACCCUUCUGCCCUAGGCCAGCCUCUGUUGUCCAGGCCUUUAGUAGGAGGUCAUCCAUCCUACACCCCACCUCUGUCUGCCAGCCCUGGCCCUAGGCUGCCCCCAGCACAGGCCACACCGCCUCCUCCUGCUGUGACUUCUGCUAGCUACUACCCAAACCCUCCACAGCUCAUGGCUCCAGCAUGGCAUUAUAAUGCAGCCGCUACAUCCAUGGGGCCAGCCUCUUCUAUGAGCACGCCUCCCAGGGGCCCUGUGGCAAAUCAUGUGAAUCCAACUGUAAGCUUGGCUGCACCGUCACCACCACCUCACAUGUCUUACAGCACUGCCCAGCCCUCAGGUCCAGGAGUCCCCCCCACUUCUAUACAUGGAUACACUCAACCAGACACUGGCCCUCCACCAAUGAAUCCCCUGGCUUCCAACACAUACCAGCCUAACAGACCUCCCUAUGGUGCUCCACCUACAGGACCACCCCCAACCAUGAAAUCCACGCCACCGCCCACUGGUCCCCCAGUGACCAGUGGUACACCUCCACCCCCCAAAGCAGAUGCUCAGUGCUGGGGGGUUGUCAACAGUGCUGCUUCCCCCACUGAGCCCGACUUCCAGGAAGGAGAUAUUGAAUGUCCAGGAGAUGUGGCGGGAAAUGGCCCACAAGCACCAAACAGCUAUAAUCACGUUGACAACAGAAUGGCUGGUCCGACUCAGCCUGGCCCACCUGGGCGGCACUUGGGCCACUACCCCUCCCUCCCCCCUGGGUACCAGAACACCCCAACCCCUCCUGCACCCUCCUCCUUUCACCCAGCAAUUCAAGCUGCCACCCAGCCUUUCAUUCAAGGAGCUCAGCCAUACCAACAGCCACCUGGUGGUCCUGGUCCAGCUCAGCUGAGCCCGUCGCUGGCAGCCAUGAGCCUCCAGUCCAACACGCCCGAGGCUCUAAGAGUCGUCAACCUGUUGCAGGAGAGAAACCUGCUGCCACCAAACCCAGUUCCUGCCCCAACACCCUGCCUGACCCAGGACCUGCAGAAACUCAACUGCAGCCCAGAGGUUUUCCGUUGUACAUUGACCAGCAUCCCUCAGACCCAGUCUUUGCUCAAUAAAGCCAAGUUGCCACUGGGCCUGCUGCUCCACCCCUUUAAAGACCUCUCGCAGCUUCCUGUGGUGACAUCUAGCACGAUAGUCAGGUGUCGGUCCUGCAGAACCUACAUCAACCCGUUUGUCUCCUUUCUGGACCAGCGGAGAUGGAAGUGCAACUUGUGUUAUCGAGUAAAUGAUGUCCCAGAAGAGUUUAUGUACAACCCAGUCAGCAGAUCAUACGGCGAACCACACAAAAGACCAGAAGUCCAGAACGCCACUAUUGAGUUUAUUGCUCCUUCAGAAUAUAUGCUGAGACCGCCGCAGCCCGCGGUUUAUCUGUUUGUCCUGGACGUGUCCCACAAUGCAGUGGAGACGGGUUACCUGACUGUCUUCUGUCAGUUGCUGCUGGACAACAUCAAUGCGCUUCCCGGAGACUCGCGGACAAAGGUCGGCUUCAUCACCUUCGACAGCACCAUCCACUUUUACAACCUCCAGGAGGGACUUUCGCAGCCACAGAUGCUCAUCGUUUCUGACAUCGAAGAUAUCUUUCUACCAACACCAGACAGCCUUCUAGUAAACCUCAAUGAAUCCAAGGAGCUUGUGCAGGAUCUGUUGAAGAGCCUGCCAAAUUUAUUCGAGAAGACGAUGGAGACCCAGUCUGCUCUGGGUUCAGCUCUGCAAGCAGCCUUCAAGUUGUUGUCUCCCUCUGGAGGGCGGAUGUCUGUCUUUCAGACCCAGCUGCCUAACCUGGGUGUGGGGGCGCUGCAGUCCAGAGAGGACCCCAACCAGCGAGCAUCUGCCAAGGACGUCCAGCACUUAUCUCCUGCAACAGAUUUCUACAAGAAGCUGGCGCUGGACUGUUCCGGCCAGCAGGUGGCAGUCGAUCUGUUUCUGCUCAGCGCUCAGUACUGUGACCUGGCGUCACUCGGCUGCAUAUCCAGGUACUCAGCAGGGAGCGUUUAUUACUACCCCUCAUAUCACCAUCAGCACAACCCAGCGCAGGUGGAGCACUUCCAGAAGGAUCUGAAGAGAUAUUUAACUAGAAAAAUUGGCUUUGAGGCCGUCAUGAGAAUACGUUGCACCAAAGGUCUGUCCAUCCACACUUUCCACGGCAACUUCUUUGUGCGCUCCACGGAUCUGUUGUCCCUCCCCAACGUCAACCCCGACGCUGGAUUUGCGGUUCAGAUGUCCAUCGAGGAAAACCUGGACGAUAUGCAGAUUGUUUCCUUCCAGGCUGCACUGCUUUACACCUCCAGCAAAGGAGAAAGGAGGAUUCGGGUGCACACCAUGUGCCUCCCUGUUGUUAACUCUCUGUCUGAUGUCUUUGCUGGAGCUGAUGUUCAGGCCAUCACUGGGCUGCUGGCUUGUAUGGCUGUGGACCGUUCGGUGACGGCCAGUCUGAGUGAUGCAAGAGAUGCGAUGACCAACGCUGCCAUUGACUCGCUGUCUUCAUACCGACAAUCUGCGCUGACCAUCCAGCAGCCUGGCUUGUUGGCUCCGGCCUGCCUCAGACUCUUCCCACUCUACGUCUUGGCUCUACUCAAACAGAAAGCUUUCAGGACCGGAACCAGUACCAGGCUGGACGACCGAGUGUUUGCCAUGUACCAGCUGAAGUACCAGCCUCUGACCUUUGCCUUGCUGAUGAUCCACCCUGCUCUGUAUCGUGUAGACGACCUGAACGAUGAGGGAGCUCUAAAUAUCAACGACCAGACCAUCCCCCAGCCCAGAGUUCUACAGCUGUCUGUGGAGAAGCUUAGCAGGGAGGGAGCUUUCCUCAUGGAUGCUGGAAUCGUGAUGUACCUUUGGAUCGGACGCAACUGCCAACCCAGCUUCCUCUCACAAGUCCUGGGGGUUCCAAACUACGCUGCUGUGCCUGAGAAACUGCAUCUCCUCCCAGAGCUGGACACUGCAGAGUCACAGAGAACCAGAGCUUUCAUUGGCUGGCUCAGGGAUCAGAGGCCCUUCUUCCCUUCCCUCCACAUCAUCAGGGACGAGAGCCAGCUGAAACCCCACUUUAUGCAGAACAUGAUCGAAGACCGGACAGAGUCGGCCCUGUCGUACUACGAGUUCCUUCUCCACGUCCAGCAGCAAAUCUCCAAAUAAUCAGCAGCCAGUGUGUUGGGACAGGGGACAUCUCUGAAAAAGGACAUGCACCGUGUGUAUGAGUGUGUGUAUAUUUGUGUUAGGAUGUAUGUGUGUGUGUUAAAGCAGAAAGAGGCACGCUCUACAAACCCUCUUGCUUCAGCUGCGAUCCACCAUCAUCUCUGAAAAGAACCUGAGCGGAUGUGGGACAUUGGCCGGAUCAAUUUUUGUGACGGACAGAGCGAAGGACGUCACUUGAUUCUGACAUGAUCUGGCACUUUUCUGACCAGCUGAAUCAGUAUGUUGGAGGAGAGCAAAAGAAAGAAGUCGUUGAAUGAUCAUAAUGUUGUUUAUUGAAUGAAUCAGUGUUUUUUUCUCUUAGAACAAUGCUGUCAAACUGAGGUAUCGCUGAGAUACGGCGCAGGCAGACAGGCGUCUUUAGUGUUUUUGUUCAAAAAGCACAUUUUUCUUUACCAACAUGAAUCAAACUCAUGUAUGUGAGAAUAUCUGCUUAAAAUGGGUCUUUGAGGAAGGUCAGCGCUCCAAAACAUCUGAGCUUUAACCGUCCUAAUGUACCUAAAGGAGAGUGUGUUUAUCUUUUUUUCUUUUAAGUCAUUAUAAUUUUGUGUUGAACAAAUGCAUAGACUCUGAUGCUAAAGGCAGAUAGACCUGGCUGUCUCUGCUGCCUGGAAUGUGUAGAAUCGGCAGUGGAAAAGGUCUCGUUGGUCAGAUCUGUCCUUCAGAAACUUGUCCGUCGUCUUUUCUUUCUGGACUUUCAGAACACCUCUAAUGACUUUGCUGUUUCUUUUAUUUCUUGACUGUAUAAUUUAUGAGACUCCCAAUCUGAUUAAAUUCUAUAAUUGCCUUGUAUGGGAACUCACUUUUUAUUAUUAAACCUCUGUUUAAAUACUGACUAUAUGAAAUAUUUUAAUAUAAUAGGAUAUGGGAAAUCUUUAACACAGGCGUAACGAAGCCAUUCUGACCUUUUAAUCCUGCUUAUUGAUACUUGUAUAUUGAACAGACUGCAUUAUGUAAAGGAGAAGAAAUGCUGAUGAUUUUAGUAUAAAUAAGGAGUUGAAAUGAUUGCUAAGAAAAUAAACAGUUUGGGAAUUUUUA